CACAUGCUUACUAUUUUAGCGAAUGAUCGUGAUUGUAUUAAAUAGCAGGCCUCGUUGUCCCUAUUGGAUUGUCAUGCUGUCCGUCAGACGUGCUUUUACGUACGUUACGGGUUUACAAGUCUCGUCAGUUGUCUGGUUAGUCUUAUUUGUUGCUUAAUAAACAUCGCGUUUGAAAAUGUUUCGAAGAAAACUUACAGCUUUGGACUACCACAAUCCCUCUGGUUUUAACUGCAAAGAUGAAACGGAAUUCAGGAAUUUCAUAGUUUGGCUGGAAGACCAAAAAAUAAGACAUUACAGAAUUGAAGACCGGGGCAACCUAAGGAACAUACAUAGUGCUGAAUGGCCUAAGUUUUUUGAGAAGUAUGUGCAAGAUGUGAAGUGCCCUUUUCAAGCCCAAGACAGACAAGAAACUGUUGACUGGCUGCUUGGCUUGGCUGUCCGAUUGGAAUAUGGAGAUAACGUUGAAAGAUAUAGGAAUUGCAAACCGGACAUUGUGAAAAAUCAGGACAAAGCCGCUGAUCCACUCAUAAAUCUUGACAGCAACAGUCCAGAUUUCAAGGCUGGUGUGAUGGCCCUUGCCAAUCUCUUGCAGAUUCAACGCCACGAUGACUAUCUAGUGAUGCUGAAGGCUGUUCGGAUUCUGAUUCAAGAACGGCUGUCAUCUGAAGCAAUAGCUAAGGCUAGUGCUGCUAAAGAGGGCUUACCAGUUUCCUUGGAUAAGCACAUCCUAGGUUUUGAUACAGGUGGGAGAUGGAGGAUGGGUCCCAGAGGUUUUGUGGUAGAGAUUUCCGAAGUGUAACUGUAAAACUGAAGGCCCUGCCACCCAUAGAAGACAAGCAAAGGUGAAGCACCACAAGGACACCAUUACCUGCAGACCUGAGGGAAAGGGCAGGUGUAUAAGGAAGGAGGAGCUGUGCAAUAUACCAUGUACGACUUUAGAAGUCAAAAAGUUUAUGCUGUAUAUGGAAAGGGACAGAUUGCCAGUGAAGUUUAUAGAGGGGGUGAGUGAUAUGUAAAGAUUUUAUUGUUAGUGGGAAUUCUAGCAGUUGUAUUCAGAGCUCAAAGGUCUGGAGUAUACCAAUAAGUGGAAUGGGAGAAGGGGACAGAUCUGUGCUUAAUGGGGUUGUGGACAUGGAGAGCAUUAGACAUAGCCUGGGUACAGGUAGAAAGAAGCUUAGGAGGACAGGAUUGAUCAGUAACAUCAGAGAAGCUAGUAGAGCAAAGCUCUCCAACUCUGGUCCUGGAGAGCUGCUGUCCAGGAGGUUUUCUAUCCUACCAGGCUUCUGAUGAGCCACACCUGUUCUCAGGUAAAUACCAGGAACUGGUGUGCUUAAUCUUAAACCAUGUACAACAGAAGAUCUGCUGGAUAGUAGCUCUCCAGGACUGGAGUUGGAGACCCCUGUAGUAGAGAAUCAGAAAAGGCAUGAGUAUCAAGAGAAUUUAGAUGAGGAUAGGGAUAUGUUAGGGAACCAAAAGUGGGAAUUAACACACUGUGCUAUCAAUGACUCAUGGCGUAAUGGCAUGGGCAGGCACAUAUAUGGAGGACAGCUGUGAGUAAUUGAGACACUAGACUGGGAACCUUUAAGAUCAUACGGGAAGGCCAGCAACAUCUACUGGAGACAUGAUGGGACUGGUAGAGAAAU